CCCCCUCGCAACAACACACAGAGGCAGCAGCUGCUAGCGGAGUGGAGCCGGGCGGAGAGAGAGAGAGCAGUCCGCAACACCCGCAAAACUUCCACACUCAUCGGCUGGAGGAGUUUAGGGGUUUGUCAGCGUGCGGCGUCAUCCUUCCACAUCUUAUAUUUUACUAUUUUUUUUUUGGUGUUACAGCACCGACAGAACUAGAAAUAAAAAUUUGAGUUGUGUGCGCGGUAAAUCGCAAACUAGCUGUUAGCAUUAGCACUUAGCGUUAGCAUUAGCUUAGCCGAGCAGCAGCAGCAGAAGCAGCACCGCACCGUGGGACAAAAUGGAGCUGAUAACAAUCCUCGAAAAAACCGUCUCUCCAGAUCGGAAUGAGUUGGAGGCGGCGCAGAAGUUUUUGGAGCAGGCUGCCAUUGAGAAUUUGCCUACGUUCUUGGUGGAGUUGUCGAAGGUGUUGGCGAACCCAGGGAACACUCAGGUGGCCCGAGUUGCCGCCGGCCUGCAGGUGAAGAACUCUCUCACGUCAAAGGACCCAGACGUGAAAGCACAGUAUCAGCAGAGAUGGCUGGCCAUCGACGGCAACGCUCGCCGCGAGAUCAAGAACUAUGUGUUGCAGACUCUGGGUACAGAGACAUACAGGCCAAGCUCAGCCUCUCAGUGUGUGGCCGGGAUUGCGUGCGCUGAGAUCCCGGUUAGUCAGUGGCCUGAGCUCAUUCCACAGUUGGUGGCCAAUGUCACUGACCCCAGCAGCACCGAACACAUGAAGGAGUCCACACUGGAGGCCAUCGGGUACAUCUGCCAGGACAUUGAACCAGAGCAGCUUCAGGAGAGUGCUAAUCAGAUUCUGACGGCCAUCAUCCAAGGCAUGAGGAAAGAGGAGCCGAGCAACAAUGUCAAAUUAGCAGCCACCAACGCUCUGCUCAACUCCCUGGAGUUUACUAAAGCCAACUUUGACAAGGAGACGGAAAGACACUUCAUCAUGCAGGUUGUCUGUGAAGCCACACAGUGUCCAGACACCAGGGUAAGAGUGGCUGCAUUACAGAACCUGGUGAAGAUCAUGUCCUUGUAUUAUCAGUACAUGGAGACGUACAUGGGCCCUGCACUGUUCGCAAUCACAAUUGAAGCCAUGAAAAGUGAUAUUGAUGAAGUUGCUCUGCAAGGAAUUGAGUUUUGGUCGAACGUGUGUGAUGAAGAGAUGGACUUGGCCAUCGAAGCCACGGAGGCAUCAGAACAGGGCCGACCGCCAGAGCACACCAGCAAGUUUUAUGCUAAAGGAGCUCUCCAGUACCUGGUCCCCAUUCUUACUCAGACCCUCACUAAGCAGGACGAGAACGAUGACGACGACGACUGGAACCCGUGUAAAGCAGCGGGAGUGUGUCUCAUGCUGCUGGCCACGUGCUGUGAGGAUGACGUUGUGCCUCACGUUCUUCCUUUCAUCAAAGAGCACAUCAAACAUCCGGAUUGGCGCUACAGAGACGCGUCUGUUAUGGCUUUCGGUUCUAUCUUGGAAGGCCCUGAACUUAACCAGCUCAAACCGCUAGUCAUCCAGGCCAUGCCAACCCUCAUCGAGCUGAUGAAGGACCCCAGUGUGGUGGUGAGGGACACAACGGCGUGGACGGUGGGAAGAAUCUGUGAUCUGCUGCCUGAAGCUGCCAUUAACGAGCUGUACCUGAAUCCUCUGCUGCAGUGCCUCAUCGAGGGGUUAGGGGCCGAGCCACGUGUCGCCUCCAACGUCUGCUGGGCAUUCUCCAGUUUGGCUGAAGCUGCAUAUGAGGCUACUGAUGCUGCUGAAGAUCAGGAGGAACCCAGCACCUACUGCCUCUCCUCUUCAUUUGAACUCAUUGUACAGAAACUUCUGGAAACAACAGACAGGCCGGACGGACACCAGAACAACCUGCGCAGCGCAGCUUACGAGGCUUUGAUGGAGAUAGUGAAGAACAGUGCUAAGGACUGUUACCCGGCGGUGCAGAAAACCACACUGGUGAUCAUGGAGCGCCUGCAGCAGGUUCUGCAGAUGGAGUCUCACAUCCAGAGCACGUCAGACCGAAUCCAGUUCAACGAUCUCCAGUCUCUGCUUUGUGCAACACUGCAGAAUGUUCUGCGGAAGGUGCAGCACCAGGACGCUCUGCAGAUCUCCGACGUGGUUAUGGCGUCUCUCCUGCGCAUGUUUCAGAGCACGGCUGGCUCCGGAGGAGUGCAGGAGGAUGCCCUUAUGGCUGUUAGCACGCUGGUAGAAGUUCUGGGCAGUGACUUCCUGAAGUACAUGGAAGCCUUCAAACCAUUCCUGGUUAUUGGACUGAAGAACUAUCAGGAAUAUCAGGUGUGUCUGGCCGCUGUGGGUCUGGUGUGCGACCUGUGUCGAGCCCUGAUGGCCAACAUUCUGCCUUACUGUGAUGAAAUCAUGCAGCUGCUGCUGGAGAACCUGGGCAAUGAGAAUGUGCACAGGUCCGUGAAGCCGCAGAUCCUCUCCGUGUUCGGUGACAUCGCUCUGGCCAUCGGAGGGGAGUUUAAGAAAUAUCUGGAUGUGGUAUUGGACACGCUGCAGCAGGCUUCUCAAGCACAAGUGGACAAGACGGACUACGACAUGGUGGAUUAUUUGAACGAGCUGCGCGAAGGCUGUCUGGAGGCAUACACAGGGAUCAUUCAGGGUCUUAAAGGAGACCAGGAGAAUGUUCAUCCGGAUGUGAUGCUGGUGCAGCCGCGUGUGGAGUUCAUCCUAUCCUUCAUUCAUCAUAUCGCUGAGGAUGAGGAUCACUCAGACGGAGUGGUGGCCAACGCUGUCGGACUCAUCGGUGACUUGUGCACAACAUUCGGUAAGGAUGUGAUGAAGCUGGUGGAGCUUCGUCCUCAGAUUAACGAACUGCUCACCGAGGGACGACGAUCCAAAACCACCAAAACUAAAACUCUUGCCACGUGGGCCACCAAGGAGCUCCGCAAGCUCAAGAGUCAGGCCUGAUCCAUCAUUGCCGAGGGGAACGUUAACACACCGUAAGAGAAGCGGCCGAGUGAAGAUAUGUUUUUGGCACGCGCGAGUGGGAGCAGAAGAGUGUGUGUGUGUGCGCUGAGCUGAGUGUCUGAGAGUGAGUGAGCGAGAGAGCGAGUGAGCGUGCGAGUGAACGAGUGAGCGUGACGAAUGAGAUCACACCACCUUCUGAGUGAAGAUUCCAGCAGUCGAAAUAGGACGAAGGCUGAUCAGUAAACAAAAACAGCAGCCCCUCCCUUACCCCCCUGUAUAUCCCUCCAUCCUGAACACAGACGCUCCUUCCUCUCUCCGAAAUCCCCAAGCUCUUUUUCUCCUUCACCUGUGGACUCGAUAUGGACAACAUGAACUGGAUUAGCUUCCUAGCUCUUCUGUAGGCUCUUACUAUAAACGUGAAUAAUCAACCGAGGGAAGAGGGAGUGGGCAGAGCAACCCAAAAAAAGGACUACUUGACUCGUUCAGUGGAUCUGUGAAGCCCCUCCCAUCUUCCUCUCCUCUCUUUUCUUUUAUUUUCUUUUUCACUUAUAAGUGCUAUGAGUUUCUGGCUUGCCCGAGGACACGGGAGGGGGACCGAACAUCACAAAACAAACAUGGCUGCUGGAAUCCAAGAUGGCCAACUGAGUGUGUGAGUGAGGGAGGGGGUUUUGCUGUCUCCACCCUGCCCCCUCUCACCCCUUGGCCCCUCUUUUCUGUUCUAUCAGCUUAUGAGAAAUAAACGUAGCUCUUAACGCUGUAUUUCUGCGUAUAAUUAUAAGAGGGAGACGAUUGGCUUUUUUACAGCACUUCAAAAAAAAUGUACGGCUGCUCUUCCCUGAAAUCACUGAAAUGUUCACCUUUUUUUUUUUUUUUUAGUUUUUACUUAUUUCUGUGUGUUUUUUGUUUAUUUUUAUUUUUUUCCUUUGUCAUUAAUGUGGGCGCCGAGUUCCAGACUUUUCUCUUCAGUCGGCUCGGCUGAGAGAGACUCGCACUUUUUUGGGAUGUGCACGAAGAGAUCGACUCGAAGGUGAAAGUAAUUCACACUUACAAUUUACUCUUGAAGUCUCGGUAAAUGGUAAAUUCCUGCAGAUUAAAAGUGCCAAAUUAAAUUCAGAUGAGAAAAAAAAACAUUAAGCAAGGCUUAAUUUCUUGAAGUUGAUGGGUUGUUGAGAUAAAAAAAAAAAAGAUGACAAAGCGUUCACCUGCGACAUCGAGACAAAUUGAGCUCUCGGGCUUGGUGCUCGGUUUUCGGCCCCAGUUUAGCUUUUCUGCUGCACUUGGUUGGGGAAAAAGGGAGACUUCCGAGCUUGUUUAAAAAUAUGAAUGAAUAAAUAAAUGAGAGAGAAAUCAGAUGUUUGUAUAAGGUUAUAUUUUUCCAUUGCUCUCAAAAGAACCCACAAUAAAAUGAUAUCAAACAUUCCCCUUA